GCAGUUGCCUAGCGACAGCGGGCUUCUGCCGUGUUGUGAGGAUUGUGCGCCGUUGGAUACACCGCCCAGAACUAUGUGCAGCUGUGUGCUGGUUGUGGAGUGAUGUGUUUUCGGUUGGGAUUGGCAUUUGCUCGGGGACCUUCCUCCCUCGAAGCGAUUCGUACCAAGGGAUCCACUGUCGCCUUGGAUUAGUCCGAGAAGAGGUCAUAGAAGGGAGUGCACUGUUUCCAGCCCCCUGACGCCGUGGAAAGUGAGCGCGAGCGGCGGUGCGUCGGAGUCAGCCUGCUGCCUAGGUGGUGGUAAACCCAUCGACAGCCUCCAGCACUUGGCGGCAGCACACUGCUCCAUGGAGAAAGAUCCAGAAGCCCCGCCGCCGCAUUCCGCCACUCUCCGUUAUGACACCGGAUACAAUGUCAUGGCUUCCCGCGCCAGCGAUGGGACCAACGUCUGCUCUAUUAUCCUCACUUUCAUCUCACUGCUCGUCAUAUCCUUCACAUUUCCAUUCUCUCUCUUCUUCUGCAUCAAGAUCGUGCAAGAGUACGAAAGGGCUGUCAUCUUCAGGCUCGGACGUCUUGUUGAAGGAGGAGCGAAAGGCCCCGGGUUGUUCUUCAUCAUUCCCUGCAUUGACACCUACUGCAAGGUGGACCUACGGACAGUAUCGUUCGAUGUGCCUCCCCAAGAGAUCCUGUCAAAGGACUCGGUGACGGUGGCCGUGGACGCGGUGGUCUACUACCGCAUCAGCAACGCUACCAUCGCAAUCACCAACGUUGAGGACUAUGGGCAUUCAACACGGCUUUUGGCUGCCACUACACUGAGAAAUGUCUUGGGCACCAAAAACCUCUCAGAGAUCCUCUCGGAACGGGAGUCCAUCUCGCACGUCAUGCAGGCAAGCCUUGAUGAGGCUACAGAUUCCUGGGGCGUGAAAGUAGAGAGAGUUGAAAUCAAAGACGUGAGACUGCCAGUUCAACUACAGCGCGCCAUGGCUGCCGAAGCAGAGGCCGCUCGAGAAGCCAGGGCUAAGGUAAUCGCCGCAGACGGUGAACAACGUGCCUCUCGCUCCCUGAAAGAAGCUGCUGAAGUGAUUUCCCAAUCUCCCUCGGCAAUGCAACUGCGCUACCUGCAGACCCUCACCUCCAUCGCGGCUGAGAAGAAUUCGACCAUCGUAUUCCCGCUACCCAUGGAACUCAUGCGGGGAAUACUACGUGCACAGGAAGAGGACGACGACAACUGAGAGAACGCUCCGUCGGGAGUCAUCCCAUAAAGCGACAUCAGCAUCCAACGUCGUGGUGGUGCUGCACUCUCAGUGACGGCAUUCCUAUUUGGCUCGUCAGUGUUUUUCUUUUGACCCCGGAUUAACCCCGGACACUCGAUGGUCUGUAUAUGAACGCGAGCUGCACCGUACACACAGCUAUCAUCAUUACUACUCGAGCACGUGUUUUAUGCGGGGGUGAAUGCAGCGAAACGCUAAAAUCUAGCAACAGUGCAGGAAUCGUGCAAAGGGCCGCCGCGUAACCAAUUCUUAAUUUUGUCUACCGAAAUAUGUCACGCGCUGAACGUUUAAACCUGCGCUGCUCUUUCAAGUCUUGCGGCCACUCGCCUAAAUCAACUUAGACACGACGGCGCUCUGACCAAACUACGUAAAAUUCCUCAAGUGUGCUACUUGGGUAGAAAGAAGCUGACAGCCAUAUAGGGAGCUGUAGCAUUUCCACGAUAUAGGUUAUCCAAGAUCCGUCCAAUGACCCCUCGUUUCUGCAGCCCCUCAGCUGUCGCUCGAACCCAGGGACGAGGAACAUCCGUCUGCCACACUAUGGCUGAAAUGCUACUAGACGAUUAAGCCCGUGCUUAUGUUUAUUUACUGCAUAGUAUAAGUAGCCACAUUUUGUCGUACCAAAUACAAUUCGUCAUAAAAAUCGCGUUGGUACCCUUUCUGCCAAUGAAAACAUAGCGUAGGACUAAUUUGAUGGGAGUCAUAAAAAGGACCCAUUCAAAACCUUGCUGCGUUGAUCUAUGAAAAGCUCAGAUGCCUGUUGUUCAGAUAAUAAUACCACUAAUUUCGGUUAAAGUAACAUGUAAGGACACUGUAACGAUCGCAGAAGUAGAUUCUCUUUACCACUUAGCGUAACCUAUGUUGCGCUUUUGGCGGAUCGUACGGGGCAUGUCAUCUGGCGAGACCGUCCUGAAAACGGUAGCGUGAACUGCAUAGGCUGAGUGUUACAAUUAAGGUAAACGCAACGAUUGAGCCUCACCACAGCCCUGAAGGAUCUGAGCGACGGCGAAAGUUGACGGGAUCUCGAUGUCGGCGUAGUGUGAUCGCAGGCACACUUGACCAGCAGUCGAAGGCGUGUGGGUUCGAUUCUCGCCACAACCAGUCGCUCACGUUUCGUCACGUGUCAUCCUUUAAAUAGCGACAUCGCGUCUCGUGGCAACUCCAGAGUAGCGAUCUACAAAAGUGUGCUCGCGGUGCCGUGCUCAGCAUCCACGCAAUGAAGGUUGUGUUGUCUUCAUUUGCCUCAGUCAGAGCUUUAUAUGUAGACAACACAAUAGUCCACCUGUGUUGUGUAAUUGCAAGAGCACAGCAUGCCGGCACCGGUAUACCGGCAUGCAGAAAUAUGCAGAAAAAGAGCUCGACCAAUGCAACCUAUUUUUUUCUUCAGUUCCUGACACGAUUUGUUAAGGCCAGUGCACGCAGGAAAUAAAGAGUGUACUAGAUCCGUUGAUAACGUGGGUCUCGAUGUACCGUGUCUAUUGCACCCAAUAAACAGAUACGGUUCUGAAUCAUGCACGUUGCAGCCCCACGGUGGCGUUAUCAACGGUCUAGUAACACUCACUCACUCACUAACACUCACUUGCAUUUAAGCUCGCAUGCAGCAGUAACCCUUCACUCGUUUUGUUUCCGCGUCAUUGCACGAGCAAACAGAGAUAAUGGGUGAAAAGACCGAAAGUAGUGCAUGAAUUGGGGGCAGAAGCAGCCAUGACUACGAACGUCGCUGUUCUUGGGCGGAAACAGCACGUCGUUUCAGCCAUGGGGAGGCACAGCCAGAAAGGUUCCCGGGACUGCUUCACAGAAAUACCCAUAUUGAGAUCAAUGUCCCGCUGAGUCACUGCCGUUGCGGAAUACAGAACUCCUGCAGAUAAACCACUGGAAGAUUUUGGGGCACGGGUUAGGAUGCGCUCCGUUGGCUGUAUCGAUGACUCCUAACCGUACUCUGUAGUUGUAGCUUAUCUCUCGGUGAUAGAUAUUGAAAAAAACGAGUGUAUAAAGCUUAUACCUGUCGAAUUUGAAAGGAAUGAUUCCGUAUGGCCCAUAGUUGUGAGAGCAAUCUCCGCUACGUUCCUAGAAAUUAUCAUUGCUCCAUUGCAAUCAUGUUGAAUCGUAGGCAAAACAACCAUACAGAAAUAGCGUAAUCUCACUCACACUAGCAUGUGCUGUACAUGAAGCUUACAUGAAAUUAUGUAACUAUAUUUUAUCGUAGCUGUAGCACUUUUCUAAAGGUAUAAAUUGACACUUUCCAAUUUUUCUCGACAAUGGUACAAAGUAGACGUAGCAAAGGUUACACUAUUGAGACCAAGAUAGACUCUUCAUAGAAAUUUCUCCCCUAUAGUAUUCACUUCUAAUCUUGCUUCAAACGACGCGUCGCAAAGCAUCAUGUUCAUUUUCGCCAUAAAAGUGGCAAACCUAUUGUUGUUGCUCGUUCGACUCCGUACGCCCCCUGUGCACAUUUGUUGCAGUGUGCUCGUUGGGCUGUUGCUAUAUUCAAUCUCUAACAAAGGUAUAAAGAGCUGUGAAUCUGUAAAUAGCACGUUUUUCUUUUUCCGUUAUACUCCGUACUGCCACGCCAUAGCAGACUGUAUGCUUAAUCAUGAUAUGCUGUAACGCUCUCGCUCUCGUCAUCCACUAUCCUAGAGUGGUCCGCCAACGUCAUCUAGACUAAAGGACGCUUGCUUGAAAGCUCCUGAUCAUCAUUCACAACGUUGCGUACAAAGCGCGUUUCCGCGGCAGCCGUCGCCGAACGAGUUCAUCAACGGCAAGCCAGGACCAGCACCACCGGCACAGUUUCCAUGACUACGGCCGCUGAUAGCGUGGCAGCCGUUGGAGCAACUUGCAAGGACUAGUACGUCACAGAGAUGCCCCGCAACUACCAUUUUUUAACUAGCCCCAACCGGUCGCUUGUGGCCAAAUCGUCGUCUCGUCUUCGUCUAGCGUCACGGGCAACAUUUUCUCCCGAUAUUCUUCAUACCGCGUUUAGGCGCAUGCGCAAUGCGUAAGAAUUACAGGAAGGUAUUUUCCUCGGUUAAAUUACAAGGUGCUUCAACCUACGAGGUGCUGGGGCAUGUUAGCUUACCCCUCUGAGGCCUCAGUGCACCGCAUUGGCUGAGUUAGCCUUAGUACGUGCCGUUAUCAUCAUUGAAAGGGACCAUCAGAAAAGGCCAUAUUUAAAAAAAACGAACAAACAAACAAAAGAAAGCACGCUUACUUGUGAUUUUAUUGCAGAUGGGCAGGGAAAACCAACUACUGUGGCGAAAGAUGCCGCAAAACUGUGCACAUAAACAUACAUGACGUGGCUUACAAACGGUUUGGCCACCGACCACGGGCGCAGCAGCCAUUCUUACUGCCACCUGUAGGAUGUCGUCUACAACGACGUUUUGCUCUCGGCUGGCUCAGACAGUAUUGUGAUAGUCGAGCUCGAAUCUUUGCGCGGAGUGAGAUGGGACAGGGCACCAAUUGCGUAUUGCGUGGUGUUCAGGUUUCAUUUUUAGUCUAGAAGACGUUGGAUCUGCUUCCAUUACUUCUUUUUGCGUUGGGAACAGUGCCUCCUUCUCUGUUGAAAUGCAUCGAAGCAAUCGAAUGCAACUGUGUGACUACAUGUAUUAGUCAUGGUGAAUGUGUAUCGCUUCAACGGUAAGUGCUUCUGACUCAAAAAUGUGACAAGGGUUUCGUUGUCGUCAUAUAACGGGAAACGGGAUAUAUGACAACGCCGUCAGUGGUACACACAAAGUUUUACUCCUCGGAGUAAAAAUCCUCCUCCUUGGAGUACGGGUUAAAAACUGCCUUUUACUUAUUCAUACAGGUUUAUGCUCAGGAAAAAAGAAGAUACAACUGACAAUGAAACGUCGUCGCAUGCUAAACUUCGUAUAGUUCAAGUAGGCAAAAGUAGUCUUGCCAGAUAAAUUACUGGGCCAGACAAAUGCGACACUUAAAACAUUACUCGAAGUACGAAAGGUGAGACGGCGAAACACACUGCUGCCCGCUUGCUUCAAUUUUCCAACGCUUCGCACGCGGUCAGUGGCAUGCAGCGAACCCGACACCAAUCUUCGUUUCGAACCGUGUGCGUCUUUCCUCACAUACAGCGCACCAAUACAAAUAUGCCUGAAGAAGGAAUGACAUAUGAACGUUUUCUUCCUCCCAGAAUAGUAUGCCGUUUCUUACCAGCUUAAUUGGUACAGGAAACUAAGUUUGUAAAAUGACGAACAAAAAAAAGAAAAGAGAAAGACAGAGAGAAAUGACUAACAAAGAGAACUAGCGGCACAUCUGGUAGAUCGCAGUAAUGCUUGACUAGAUGGUGAACAAUCGGUUGUUGUAACCGCGGUUACAGAUGCCCGUGUAACAGGGGUGUAACACAUUGGUAAAGCACUGUCGUCGCGCCGAACCAUAUCGUACACGGUGGUUAUCUUUGCAGUAGUUUGAUCACUCUUGUGCAUACCGAAUGAAGGUCAUCCAGUCGUUGUUCCUUGCAGCUCAGGUCGCUGUAUUUACACCAGCGUGCCAGGUUAUAAUUGAAGGUAUUUUCCAAACUUGUGCCACUGUAAAAUUCAACAUUCAAGUAGUAGCCCUUUGCAGAUAUCAAGUCGUACACUGCGUAAUGUAAGAUAAGUCUGGUAAACGAUACAUUAAACGAAAGAUAUAUUUCUCUCUCUUCAUAAUGUUAAAUUUCCCAACUGCGUAAGAAGCCCAAGUAAUAGGAAACGCCCACACUGGUGUUCUCCAUAUGUGUUUAUGUAAUAAUCAGCAGACGUGAAGCUCAUGAUGCAGCAAAUUAACCCUUCAAUACGACUGUAUAAGUCGCGUCAACAAUCGAUGUCUGAACUCAAUCUCGAUACCGAAGAAAUCGUUUAAUUUGUCUUUUCUCUCUCUCUCUGUUUCUUUUUUUUUUUUUUUUUUUUGUGCCUCUCCUACGUCUGCGCUGCCAGUGACUUCACUUUGUUGCAUGCCCAGCCUAAUUUUAACCUAUGUCUAGGUCUAUGUUACAUUAUGUGUAGAAGGCAACAUUUCCUUGAGCUUGAGGAGGGA